AUGGGUCGAGUUAAGAUUGAAAUUAAAAAAAUCGUAGAUUCUAAAAAGAGAAAAGUUUGCUUUGGUAAAAGAAGUAAUGGUUUAUUUAAAAAGGCUAGGGAAUUAUCUAUUUUAACUGGGAAAAAAAUUGCAAUCAUAGUGUUAGGUGAUGAUGAAAACGAUGUUCAUACUUAUACUUCAGGUAAUUUGAAAUCUAUAUUAGAAGAUUAUAUGACAAGAACCGGUAUUCAAACUGAAAUCAGAACUUCAGAAGUUAAGAUUGAGGAUGAUUCUAAUGAUGAAAUCGAAUCUGAAGCUGAAGCUUCUGAAGUUGAAAGUUCUGAUAAUGAUGAUGAUGGUGUUGAUGAAGAUGCUAUUGAUUCCAUUGCUGCUACUGCUGCCACCGUCGCUUUUGCCAUUGAAGACGAGGAAAUCGAAGAUGCUGAUGAUGAAGCUGAUAUCGAAGGUGAAAUGGAAAAUGAUAUGGAAACUGACACUGGAAAUACCAAUCAAGGUGUAUUUUCUCCAUCUACAGAUUUUAACGACUUAGCUAAAUUCAUUGAUACCACCACCCAAUUUAACAAUUUUAAUAGAUCAUUAGAUUCUGAAUCCAUAAAGAAAGCUAAUGAGAUGUUUGAUCAAAUGUUUAAGUUCGAUUUGGAAUCAGUAAAUAAAAACGAAAUGGAAGAGAAAUCACAUUUUGAUGAUAGCGAAAUAUUAAAAUUACCGGCAUCUAAUAAUGCAGAAGGGCUUUAUUUUGAGAGGAUCCACAUGAACUUUAAUGGUAAAGUAGUAUGA